AUGUAUCUCCGAGGCCUUCUUACACUUCGAAGAAUCCAAAAAGCUUUAAAGCGUUUGAUUUUCGCACUAAGUGUGUGCUCGAUCUCGUUUAUUCUACUCUCCAGUAAAUUUUGGCGAAGACAUAGCGACAAUACUGUUAAGGAAUUCUCCGCGUUUCCAGGGAUGAUCAUCAGUGGCGCUGGCCAACAGGAUCGCUUUUCUUGCGACGAGAAUACUGUUGCAGUACGUGUGUCAAAGGCAGUUCUUAAUGUUCACGUUUGGCGAAUGCAAUGCGGUUCAAACGUAACAUAUUUAAAAAAAUCACUGUUCUUUCCAAAAUAUCCUGAUCAGCAGAAGUUCGUCAACGAGUUUCACAUUGAAGACGACAGCGUGGACUACGGUCAGAAAAUCUUUGGAUAUUUACAUCCUCAAAGUAAUGGUUUGUAUCGUUUUGCGAUCGCCUCUGACGACACUUCGGAGUUAUGGAUAAGUACAGACGAAUAUCCCAAAAAUAAACGACUAAUUGUCCGUGUGUUUAGUGAAAAAGAAAUAGCUUGGACGGGUAAGGACGAGUUAGGUAAAUAUCCUGAACAGAAAACCAAAAAGCCACUCAAUCUUCAAGCUAAAAAGAAAUACUACGUCGAGGUUUUACACCAACAAGGCAAAGGCAAAGGGUUCGUGCGUGUAUUUUGGACUAUAUCUGACAAAGAUGAAGAUUUUAGACUCAUCACUUCAGAAUACCUCUCGCCAUUUUUGCAGAAUACAACGCAUAUAACUGAGAAAAAAGUAGCACUCCACAAUGUGCUUUCGCAGCGAUAUCAGCAAGAGUUUCAAAAACAAUCCGACCGAAUCAGCAGUAAAUUUGUCAAGUUUUAUUCUCUGCCUUUCAUUUCGAAAGCUAAUUUUCUAACUUCCUGCGAUUACAAUAGUAGUUUUGUACCAAGAACUAAAGUUCAUCGCUAUGAAGGCAUGAAAAUGGUGUUUGAAUCCAGUGUUUUCCCACCAGACGAUACGCAGAUGUCAAACGGCCCGGGGUGGGGCAGUCCAAAUCGAGCCGCCGACAGCGAGGUAAUUCGGUCAGUCAUGCAUAACCGGGUUGCUGCUUUUCGUCUCAGUUCCUCAGAGUAAGUUAAAUGAAAAUUUCAUUAAAUGUUUUAAGAUAUACCGUAUUUUUUCUGAUAAGCGCCCAUGCUCUAACAAGCGCUCUCCCCCGAAUAAGCGGCCACCCAGUACCCAAAACACAGUAAAUCCGGGUACUACUUGGUGUAAGACUGCCCACCGCCCAGCGCAUAAGACCGCGGAGUUGAUAUGUGUUCUUCAGUGCUAUAAGUAUUAAAGCCUACCGGUGCGGCUUAAAUUUAUUUAUUUCGGUAGAGAGGCUUCAUUUUCAAGGUACUAGCCGGUAUUGCUACAAAAACCAGUCUGCCAACACUGAUGGGGGAACUCCACCACGCGACGCACGAAAAGAGAUAAGAAAAAAGCUUUCAGUUGGACAUUUUAAGCUGACAGCGAAGCUAAAAGGCACAAAGAAAGUGAACAAGAAUGUUUACUCAUUGCCCUUGCAUGUGUGCACUAGGCCUUUUCAUAUCUGGACGUUGUCGCAUGACAGUAGACAGAUGAAGCAAAUUCAACGCUACGAUUAUCUCGUACCCAGAUCUCUUGUUGACGAGAGAUCUGGGUACGAAAUUAGUGAACUCACGCAACAGGACGGGAGAGGAAAGAAGACGGCAAACCUUGUGUGACAACCGUGACAACAAUUUUGUUUGAAAUAACUUUUCGCCAAACAUCACUUUCCUUUAAACAGAUCUUUUUGUAAAAACAAGAAAUUAUUAACGCUAAGUGAAGAUCACGACAUAACAUGCAAGUAAUAACCCUGUCACGUUUGUCACACAAACAUUUUGCCGUCCUCUUCUUCCUGUCGUCCUGUUGCGUAAACUCACUAUUAACUCGACGACGGUAACGAUGGCGCGUGCAGUUCAAAAUCCUUAUCAAACAGUGGUAGAGCGGCAAAUUGAGCACCAGAAGUCACGUCGACUCCUUUCUGCGACAAUAAUCUCGUAACCCAGAUCUCUUGUUGACAAGCCGAAGGUGCGAACUGGUCAAAUCCGAUUUGUGUACGUGAUCGCCUGUCAGAAAUGCAACAGGCGAUGAAAGAGCACAUGCUUGAAAUAAAUCAUAAAAAAACAGGCCCCAAUUUUUCCAAUCCCCUGACACUUCAUUCAUUGCAACGGCUGCAUGCCUUCUUCGCAUGCGAUCAUAAUGCUUGUGGCAACACAAGGCAAUAGCAUGUUUUCCUUGACAAGUAUUCUGCGCUGAAGUAACAAUAAUUCUUACAUCGACGCCCGGGGGAGGAACUCCGCAUAUGAAAGGGGUGGGGAUGCUCUUCGUCUCGCUUAGGGGUGUAAAUUUCGGAUUUUGGUCUGACUUAGAGUGUUCUGGGCAAAACGCCAUCAUAUUUCGUUUAGGGUUGCACGUGAAAAAAUAUAAAAAAAUUCAUAUUGUCUGUGUUUUAACAUGGUCU